AAAAAAUGUUAAAAUUAAAAUCAAAACCAGAAAUAUAAAUAUUGAAAUGGAAAAGUUAAGAACAAAAUGUUGAGAUUUGAAUGUGACACUGAUAUACCUCCAUAUUUUGUGGUCACGGAGAUUUUUCAAAUACGAAAUUUCCGGAAAAUGCACGUAUGUUAUCACGUUAUCUUCUUACAUCAAGCAUCCAUUUCCUUUGUAUCAUGACGUGAAAGGGUGCCUGCUUUUACAGCGAUAAAAUUUACGAAUGUUACAUCUUCCGAUUAAAAGGAAGUUAGAGCACGAAAUACGAUAUAAAACGAAUAACUAAACAUAUUAUUCAUCAUGUCAUUUUAUUCUGCAGUAAAUAUUUGUAACAUGAAAAUGUUAAAUGGUUGAAUCAUGAGAGAUCAUUAAUUAACUUCCUGUUGAAAGUGUGCUCGUGAACGAUGUCUGACUUUUUAGCGCUCUGCGUUGUAUUUUUGUGUGCUGUUGGAAAGCUGUACGCAGUUGUAAGCAUUGUUUCACCUUGUGAUGGGGAGACAGUCAGUGGAAACGUCAUCAAUGUACAGUACAAGCCAUGCGAUGCAGACUGGAAUGGUGUAUGUAUAGUAGAGCCAGCAUUCACUGGAGUUUUGAGGUUUACUUCUACUACAAACAAGUCCAGCUGCCAUAUGAAAGUGAACAUUUCUGAUCCGAAUACAACGUCCACAAUGCCGUGUGGCAGAGGAACGUCCUUUGUGUUCAAUGUAACGCCUACCACUACACUUUACAUGUUAUCGAAAACAGUUAACUCUACUGCUGUAAAGCUUUAUCGGGAAAUUAUAAUUUUUCAAGUGAACAAAUCCAAUGAUAUAAUUUCCGUUACGUGUGGAAAUAAAACAUCAUUGUCAAUAACCACAACGGAGGGAAGUACAUGGACUUCUGGCAAAGAUCAAUAUUCUCUGAGUACAGCAUCUGGUUUCUCCUUUAGUACGGAACACACCUUUGCGAGUACAACAGAUGACGUCUCCUCAAUACCUAUUCCAGUGGAUAGCCAACCUUCAAACAAAGAUUCGGAUCUCACCUGUGUGUGAAUAGACACGACGCUUUGUAUAACAUCAUCUCUGGAGUCCUAGGAUUCGUUGUUGUCUUGAUCAUAGUCAUCUGCAUUUUAGUUUAUUGUCACACAAAGUAGACAUUUCGUUCUCUCCGAUAUUAACGCUUUUUUUAUUUUUAUUUCUUUUAUUUUACUUCAUCCAUAUCGUUGUAAAUUCACAUACAAUAUUGCUUUUACUAAUAUCAAUGUUUUAUUUAUUUAUUUUUUUGAAGAAGGAAACAUUUAAAAAACAGACGGAAAAGUAGAUAAAUAUUCUGCCGCAUAUAACCCUAACAAUACAGGAUAUCUUGAUGAACUUCCGGAUAAUCCUUUAUAUCAUUCAAACCUGCCAUUUGAUGAGGUUGAAUAUUCCACAGUAGAUGACCAACGGCCAGAUCCUUGAUCCACAAGACAGACGGAAGAGGUGGAAAAAGUGACAAAGGACGACACCAACGAUGUUUAUGCUAAACCAAACAAACGUUUACAUGGAAGCAUAGUUAACAACCAAUCUAAUACCGUCACUGUUUCCGCCGAGAGUCAGAGUUUGUCUGACGAUCUCAAUGACAAAUUGUUUAUGCACAAAUUAACAAGGAAGCCAAAGCAUAGAGGAGGGUGUAGUUUUAACGCUGUACUCGAAAUAUUGUGUUUCAUUUGUGUCAUUGAUAUGUGUGAAAUAUGACUACUUUAUGUAGAGAAUACAAGUACGUUACUGGACAGAAGGUACAUUAGUAACGAUUCAUCAUACUGAAAAGAUGAUGAUGAGAUGACAACGAUGAUCACUAUAAUGCUAAUGUUGACAACAAUGAUAAUGAUUGUGAUGAUGAUGAUCAUGAAAUACCAAACAUAUCUAAAAAUAUUUCUGUACUGCUGUUCAAAAUCAAAUACAGCUUUGAUUUAAACUAUUUUUAUUUAAAAACUCUCCCAUUUUGUCCAAAUUAUUUGUCUUCCAUGAUUUAAUUAUAUCAAAAAAUUAUGCUAUAUAUGUGUUUGUGGAUGUAAAGAACAUUGAUUAAUUAUUGAGUGCUAUGGAGAAAAACCUGAAACCAAUACUUUAAAAAUAAGACAAUCAGGAAUCCAUCGCAUUUCUCAAACUUCAAACAUGGUUUCAUAUGAAGUUUUAGAUCCGACUACAUUCUCCAACCAUUUGAAAAGUUUGCUUGUAGAACACAUUCAUCCUGUUUCAGUGUCGCUAUAUUUAUGCAUGAAAAGGGUUUAUUGAUAAGCGACUGUGGUGAAUGUGAAGUACUAAGUGGUAUAAACAUACACACAUUAAUGAUUCAUCAUCAAUUAACACAUUGUAAAAGUGUUGUACAAUUUUCUCCCGGUGCAUGUUAUGUUUAUGCAUGAAAAUGGUUUAUAGAUGAUAGACCACUAACUAUCUAGUUUUGCUACAUGUAAUUGUGAUUUUCCCUUUAAAUCUGGUUUAAUGUAUACAAGUUCAUAAUUAAAAAAAUGUUUUACUUCAGGAAAAUCAUUUUCACACAGGGUCAUACUUUUCAACUAUGACGCAUAUUUCCUGUUUUACUAUUGUCGGGAAAAUUGGUUCCUACAUCUAUCAUAUGUGGCGUGUGUUUGCUUUAUUUUGUUAUGUGUAGCCCUCACUCAUUUUACAAUUAUAAAUCAACUCUUCUA